UUUCUUACCUCAGAUACGUAUGAGCAAUCAAUGUAUAUAUAAGUUUGAUUUAACAUUUGAAAGUCAUUUAACUACAUUGGCGUUUCAAGUAAAACCUUCGUGUACGAUCAGAUAAAAUGAAGAUAAUUUUGGUUGCCAUUCUGCUCGUCUUUGGAUUUUCAGCAUGCGCAAAGGCAGACGACUCAAUAGAAAACGAUUUUGACGAGUUGGUUAAUCUCGUGAGUGACGUUAAGGAAAGGAUACAAUCUUUGAGAAGAAACGUCAAAGAGGAAUUACGAUCAAAAUGUGGAAAAAAUAAAUGUUCUAAAAAAUCAUGUGCGGAUGGUUGGGUCUCCUACAACGGGAAGUGUUACUUCUUUGAUAAUGAUCAAGCAUGCACUUAUGAAGAAGCAAGGGCAUUCUGCAAACAGAGAGAGUCUGUAUUGUUGUAUGUACAAGAUGAAGCAGAAAAUGCGUUUAUAGUCGGAAUGUUGGGCCGCUUGAAAUCAACUAGAAGCUGGUUGAUGGGAUUGAAACAAUCAGAAGGCCAACAAAAAUUUAUUCUCAACAUCUGGCUCCUCCUCGCACCGGUAUACUUUAAUGUUAAAUAG